AUGUUAGUUGGAAAAGAGAAGAUGAACAACAUUCCACAACCCAUAAAGACGGUGAUUACAAAACCCCAAGAAAAGUUGUAUGUUUUGCGCUUGGAGAAGGAGUUAAUUGCAUUUAUAAAGGAGUCGGUACCGUUAAAGCUGGAAUCUCCACUGUUUACGAUUCACGCUGGAGUACUAAAGAAUUCGUAUUAUCGGUUACUAAGUCAUCAGAUAUGUCAGCAUUACCACUUACAGCAUUGGAAUAACGGAUCAAACGAUAUAAUAGUCACAUUGAGUGCUGACGGAUUUGACUAUGAGAAGUUCAGUGAAAUAUUGGACCUGAAGGAAGAUAACAGCUUCACUAAGAUAUGCGAUUACCUUCAGCAAAGGCAGAAUGGUACCAAUGGGAAUAAUUCAGAAGGUGACGAAGUUAAUACUAAGAUAAUCAGGCCAAAAGUGAUCAUUAAGAAGGAAUGUCCAAAAGGUUCAAUGCCUCUGGCUGAUACGCUGUCUGAGAUAACCCAAAUGUCCGUAUUUCUGACGGCAGGAGUACAAAAUGGGAGAGCCCAAAACGACUUUUCAGAUACCCCAAAUACAUCUACACCGGUUCUGGCAAGUAGCUUCAAAUCAGGAAGUGAUAAUAUUGAGCACGAGAGGGCUUCGAAGGAAGCAUUGUACAUGAAAGUGAGGGAAAAGAUAUUUCAGGACCAACAAGAUGAAGAAAAUGCUGACGACGACGAAGAUGAAGAAGAAGAUGAUGAUGACAGCGACGAAGAUACCCCCAACAGCUCCGCGAGUGGUUCCAAAUUUGGAUUCACGAGCCAAGAUAAUACCCACAAGCAUAAUGGAUACAACGCAUUGGAUCCUAGUUCAUACCACUACAAUGGAGCCUCUCAUGGGGUUCCUCCGGUGCCUAUGGGUAUGCCGUUAAACUACAAUGCAAACAUGAAUGUCCCUCCGUUUGUGAACCCAAAUGGCUACUAUAAUUCACCCAACCAAUCGAUGCACCCGCCACAGAUGAACAUUUAUAACCAGUACGCCAACUAUUUCCCUACACCUCCUAUGAUGCCACCUCAAAAUGGCUUCUACUCAAACGCAUAUAAUGGAAACCACCGUUGCACCCCAUAUGACAAAGAAACGGAACGAAAACUAUUAAAUAACCCAUAUAUCAUUAUACCUGAUUCCAACAGAGAUAAGAAACCUAAGAGACCAUACAAGGGAAGAUACACGAAUAACAAUUCGAAUUCAUCUUCUAGUACUUCCAAUAUUUCACCAAAUAACCCUACAAAGUACUAA